AUGGAGUAUAAGUACUUUGCAGAAUUCCUGGUGGAGUGGUUGAAAGUGAAAGGCUACAAGUCCUCAGGGGAUUAUCAUAAAAUAUGGGACGAUAUUAGAGAAAUAUUCGAUGGAAUUAUGUAUCAGGCUUGGUUAGGUCCUCCGCAAAUUAACCAACUAUGUAGUGGAGAAGUGGAAGACGGGGAGAAGAAGAAUUUCACCAAGCAGGACAAAGAAUUAUGCAAAGCCAUGGUAAGAGUGUUGUUGUACAUAAAUGGGCAAAAAAUAGGGACAUACAAUGCUAUACAGGAAGUAACGGUUCCUCAAAAUCGAAGGCAAGUGGAGUCUUAUCUUAGAUGUAUCGUUGGUAGGAUAAUUAUGAUAAAAUGGCUUGGAGAGCAUUGUAGCAGAAGGAAGGUGGCAGAGACUGUUUUAGGGGCUAUAGUAGGAUUGACCACGAUCAGUGGGGUUAGUGAGGUCCAUAAAAAAUGUGAAGGAUUAGAUUUUAAGAAUUUGAAUAUUGGUGGAAAAUAUCUUUGGCCCCAAAUGGAAGAAUGGGCAAAAGGCACGAAAACAGGUAGGACAUGGCAGGUGACGAAGGGUAUCCAGAGAAUGGACAGUAUAAGAGAACAAGGAAAAAAGUGCGGAACAAGUACUACGCCGAAGAAGUCAGAACCCUCCUAUUCAGCCGAUGAUGAGGAAAAUUUGAAGAAAGUAUUUGGCGUUAGUAAAGAUGAGUUAGACAAAUUAGUUCAGGAUACAGAUAAGUGGGAUAACAAGGAUUUGGAGGAUGUAUUAAAAGAAAUAAAAGAAAAUGAAAAGAGAGGGGAAAAUUUCUUAGCAAAGCAGGCGUGGAUCUCCUUGGGGAAAUUGUAUGAAAAAAGACUGAAAGAAAAGCAGAGUAUAUCACAGAGUGGGAGUCCAAGAGGUCAAGGAAGGAGUGACCACACUACACAGGAUGAUGCUUCACUAUCACCACCCCAAUCCCAGGCACCAGGAUCUGUAACCACCCCUGCAAAGAAAAAAGAUACUCCUCAAGCACAAUCUGAUCCAUGCCCAUCCGAACCAAGUGCGGAAGUACAAGAAAAAAGGAAUAAACUGAUGAGUGCAUGGGAUACAAAGAAGAAAGAGUUGACGCCGAAUGGGCAACUAGGCAAGGUAAGUCAAACAUGGUGUAGAGGGUUAUUAUUAUAUUUUAAAAAAAAAACGAAGAAAACGUGUAAAGAACCAAGGUUUAAGGAAGAAAAAAAAAAGAAGGAGGGUCUAAAGAAAGAAGGUCUAAGGAAAAAAAAAAAAAAAGGUAGGCUUAAGAGGGAAGGAAAAAGAAAGGUUUAA